AUGGCGGCGGUGGCGGCGGUGGGUGUGCGUGGAUGGGGCGGGGGCGUCACCGCUGGGCGCUCGGGCCCGGGUGCCCGCGGCCGGAGGGAGGCGAACCGCUUGUUCGCGCAGGAGGCGGCGGCGGCGAGCGACGUCCAGCGGCUGCUAGUGCAGUUCCAGGAUGAGGGCGGGCAGCUGCUGGGCUCCCCGUUCGACGUGCCCGUGGAUAUCACCCCGGACAGGCUGCAGCUCGUGUGCAACGCGCUGCUGGCCCAGGAGGAUCCUCUGCCAUUGGCUUUCUAUGUCCACGAUGCUGAGAUCGUCUCCUCACUGGGGAAGACGCUGGAGUCCCAGGCAGUGGAGACAGAGAAGGUCCUAGACAUCAUCUACCAGCCACAGGCUAUCUUUAGGGUCCGGGGUGUGACCCGCUGCACCAGCUCAUUGGAGGGUCACAGCGAGGCCGUCAUUUCUGUGGCCUUCAGCCCCACGGGAAAGUACCUGGCCAGUGGCUCUGGAGACACCACUGUGCGCUUCUGGGAUCUCAGCACGGAGACACCGCAUUUCACAUGCAAGGGACACAGACACUGGGUCCUUAGCAUAUCCUGGUCCCCAGAUGGCAAAAAAUUGGCCUCAGGCUGCAAGAAUGGCCAGAUUCUCUUGUGGGACCCAAGCACAGGGAGGCAGGUGGGCAGGACCCUCGCCGGCCACAGCAAGUGGAUCACGGGCCUGAGCUGGGAGCCCCUCCAUGCGAAUCCUGAGUGCCGCUAUGUGGCCAGCAGCUCCAAGGAUGGCUGUGUACGGGUCUGGGACACAACUGCAGGCCGCUGUGAGCGCAUCCUCACCGGGCACACCCAGUCGGUCACCUGUCUACGGUGGGGAGGGGAUGGGCUUCUCUACUCCGCCUCCCAGGAUCGCACCAUCAAAGUCUGGAGGGCUCAUGAUGGUGUGCUGUGCCGGACUCUGCAAGGCCAUGGCCACUGGGUGAACACUAUGGCCCUCAGCACUGACUACGCCCUGCGCACAGGAGCCUUCGAGCCCGCCGAGGCCUCAGUUAAUGCACAAGACCUCCAAGGGUCCAUGCAGGAGUUGAAGGAGAGGGCACUGAGCCGAUACAACCUCGUGCGGGGCCAGGGCCCAGAGAGGCUGGUGUCUGGCUCGGAUGACUUCACCUUAUUCCUAUGGUCCCCAGCAGAGGACAAGAAACCCCUAGCGCGGAUGACGGGACACCAGGCCCUCAUCAACCAGGUGCUCUUCUCUCCUGACUCCCGCAUCGUGGCCAGUGCCUCCUUUGACAAGUCCAUCAAGCUGUGGGAUGGCAGGACGGGCAAGUACCUGGCUUCCCUGCGUGGCCAUGUGGCUGCUGUGUACCAGAUUGCGUGGUCAGCUGACAGCCGGCUGCUGGUCAGCGGCAGCAGUGACAGCACACUGAAGGUGUGGGAUGUGAAGGCCCAGAAGCUGGCCACAGACCUGCCCGGCCAUGCAGAUGAGGUAUAUGCUGUCGACUGGAGUCCAGACGGCCAGGGAGUGGCAAGUGGCGGGAAGGACAAAUGCCUCCGGAUAUGGAGGAGAUGAGAAGUCCUACAGUUCUCUGACCCUCAGCUGGACUGAGCCUCUGCUCCUGCCUGCCCUCCAGAGAAUAAAGGCCGGGGUGGCAGUGCCCACAUCCUCCUCACAGUU